CUCUCUGGUGUCUGGUCUAAGCAUUCCCCCAAACAUUAUUAUAUUUCCCCCUCGCAAAUUUCCAUCACUAUCAUCGAUUCUGCUGCUGAUUUGAUUAUUGCUAAUUUCCUUUUUUUUGAAUUCGUUAAGCCCACAAAAACCCAACAAAUCUGCAACCAUAAAUCGGGCCCCACGCCAGCCCCCCUCCUUUUCCAAUUUGUUUCUGUUCCCCACUUCAUGUUCUGUAACUCCAUGUUACAGCUUUGCCAUGGAGAAGCAGGGGGCCCUUCGAGGGUUUGUACUGAUCGUUGAUAGAGAUCGAUGCUAAUUUAGCUCGAUUCAGGCUUCGGACAUCGAAAGUCGCUUGCUUGCGGCUCAUCGAGAUCUGGGUAUGCUCUGAGCAUCUCAUGGACGCAGGUUAUUCUAGCAUAUGUUCACUAAUUGGCUGAGUCACUGUCGUAGUAUCUUGUGAAUAUUUCGAGAAUUGCAUAUAGAAAAUGUCAAGAACGUAUGAGGCUUGCAGACACCAUCCUCAAGGAUAAAUCUGCCCUUCACAAAGUUCUGAAGGGCAAAUGGACACAUCUGUAAGCUGUCUUAUUAACAGCAUUUCUCGGUUUAUUCAUCUGGUUAUGUGUCAGACAAGAAAGUCCCAGCAUCUUCAACAGAUUUAUGGAAAAACAACUGAGGUAUUAAAGUUGCUAAAACCCCUGCUUGAUGAUGUGGUUGAACACACAACACCAAUCUUGGAUGAAAUCCUAUAUAAAGAGUUUGAAGAGCUGGACAUGGCUGUUAAUAUGUCAAGGGAAUUUUUGGAAAAUUGGUCACCGAGGAUGAGCAAGAUUUGCAGUGUCCUGCAGAGCAAAACAUCUUUGAUGAAAAUUCAAACCUCUUCACUUGAGAUAUGCCAAAUAUUAUGUAGAUUAUCACAAUCAGGCCAGGCUGGAUCUAGCUUUAGUCGCAUUCAGUACUCUUUGCAGGAACUUCAACGUCUGAAGCAGGAAGGAGUAGCAGAAUUCAUAGAAGAGGUGCUUAUAAAUCAAAGAGAUGGUAUCCUUCCUUGUGCUGAUACCGUUUCCAAAAUUAUUGAGUUGCUCAAUCUGAGAUCGAAACAGGAAUUGUUCAAAGAAAGCCUCGCAGUUGAAAAGGAGAGAAUGAGGGCUGAUGUCAAUGAAGUGAGAGGAGAAUUUGAUGAAAUUAACCAAGUAAUUCGACUUAUGUCAUAUAUACGAGACUUUAUGAUUGAAACAGACUUCUUGGAAGCAGAUGAUGGCAUGCUGAUCCCACCUUAUUUCCGUUGUCCUUUAUCCUUAGAGCUAAUGAUGGAUCCUGUGAUUGUGGCUUCUGGUCAAACUUAUGAAAGGGCUUCUAUACAGAAGUGGCUUGACCAUGGCUUGACCGUGUGCCCAAAAACUCGUCAGCUGCUUACGCAUACUAACCUUAUUCCUAAUUACACUGUCAAAGCUAUGGUUGAAGGUUGGUGCAAACAUAAUAACAUCAGGCUGUUCAAUAGCCUUGAGAGUCAUGGUACCGUUCCAGUUCUCGACUUGUCUGACCAUGGCUCCCCUCAAAAUUUAGUCCGCACAGAUAGUUUCAGUCGCUUUCUUCAGAGUAGCAGUUCCACUUCAAGGUCUUCUAGUGACAUUGGUAACAGAUUUGAGAAGCAGAAGAGUGAUAUUUCUUGUAGAUCAAGCGGUGAAGAAUCCAAUGGAGGGUUAUGCAGAGAGAUUGAAAGGGUUGAUAUACAAUCGGCUGAAAAAGUACAUACUCACAGUAGGAGCGAGUCGACUUCUAGUGCCAUAUCUAGUGUCGAUUAUAUUCCUCAAACUUCAAUCGAAGUUUCAACGAGAUUGGAGCUUAAAAAUUUGAGUCUUUCAUCAGAGAAAAUUUCCUCACGACAUGGUGUAAAUAAGGAUUCAGUUUUGUCACCACAUGUUUUGAGAAACCAGUCGUCUGGCUCCAAUACAAGAAUGGUGGUGGGAGGGACUGGUAACUGCAACCAAACUGGAACAGAGUCAUCUGGCCUUAAUACAAGAAUGGUGGUGGGAGGGACUGGUAACUGCAACCAAACUGGAACAGAGUCUUCUCAGUGUCCUAAUUCUGCCUAUGAUCAUUUAACUACAUAUUCUCAUGUCAAGAUAUUGAUAGAGAAUUUAAAGAACCAGUCAAAUGAGGUACACACUAAAGCUGCUGCAGAAUUGCGAUUUUUAGCAAAGCAUAAUAUGGAAAAUCGCCUCAUCAUAGGACAGUCUGGAGCUAUCACACCAUUACUUUCAUUACUCUACUCACGGGUGAGAUACACACAAGAACAUGCUGUAACGGCGAUUCUGAAUCUCUCAAUAAAUGAGGAGAAUAAGGCCAUGAUUGCAGAAGCUGGAGCAAUCGAACCACUUAUCCAUGUUCUGAAAUCUGGAAAUGAAGGAGCCCGAGAGAAUGCUGCAGCGACACUGUUCAGUAUCUCUCUUCUAGAAGAAUACAAGGCGAAAAUUGGCCGCUCUGGUGCAGUUAAAGCACUGGUGGAUCUUCUUGGUUCAGGGACUCCUAGAGGGAAGAAAGAUGCAGCUACUGCACUGUUCAAUUUGUCUAUCUUUCACGAAAAUAAGGCUCGAAUAGUUCAAGCAGGUGCAGUGAAGUAUCUCAUUGAAUUGAUGGACCCAGAUACUGGAAUGGUGGACAAGGCUGUGGCUCUUCUAGCGAACCUGUCAACGACUGGAGAAGGACGCUUGGCGAUUGUGAGGGAAGGGGGAAUUCCUUUGCUAGUUGAGGUCAUCGAGUCUGGAUCUCAUAGGGGAAAGGAAAAUGCAGCCUCAGUACUGCUGCAACUAUGCCUCAAUAGUCCCAAGUUUUGCACCCUAGUUCUCCAAGAAGGAGCUGUCCCCCCAUUGGUUGCUUUGUCUCAAUCUGGCACUGCAAGAGCAAAGGAAAAGGCACAGCAGCUACUUGGUCACUUCCGGAACCAGCGAGAAGGGGCCAUGGUCAAGGGGAAGUCUUGAGAUGAGGAAAUGUUCGGCUUUUGUUAUUAUUUCCAUGUUGUUCGCUCUCUUUCAAGAAAUCAUUCAGGAGGUUUUAGUAUUUGUUUUCUGCCGAUCUGUAUAUAAGUUAAUGUGCUUGUAGAUCUUUUUCAUUGUGGGCCAUGUAAUUCUCUUUUGAAGCGACUCUUGGGUUGCUGUCUGUAGUGUGUUUGAUGUUUCACUAUGAAAAAUGGGUCGGGGUUUAAAGUUUGAGAUUGAGUCAUUGCAGUUCCUUUACAUGAAAAAGUUUGGCCAACAGUCUUGUAUAUUCUUUUGUACAUAUGUACACAACGCAUUUUGUUAUUCAAUGAGAUUGAGAACAUUUUCAAUUCC